ACUUCCUGGACUUUUCCUGUUGUGUUUUUUAUUUUUCAAAGCAGCAACAUGGAUCUAUCUCUCAGUCGUGUGUUUAUUGUGUUUGUGAGCUGUUUUAUCUGCGGAGUCGUGUGUAACUCUGUGGAGAAGAAGAUUUACGUGGAUCUGAACUACACUGUCCCCUGUGUGCGACUGCUCAACGCCACACAUCAGAUCGGCUGUCAGUCGUCUCUGUCUGGAGAUGUGGGAGUCAUUCACUUCCUUGAGUCGGAGCAGAACCUGGACUGGGUGCUGAACACUGGACACAGUCCUCCGUACAUGGUCGUCCUGGAGGGGGCGCUGUUCAACAGGUCCAUUAUGAUGAAACUGAAGAACAGCUCUGGCAGAGUGGCUGGUGUCGCUGUUAUUGAGCCAAACACAAACUUACCUGGAGACUUCUCUCCUCACACACAGUGUCCCAAUGAAAACACAGGCGUGUACACGGAGCAGUACGACCCGGCGUACGCUCACUGUAACAGGACGCUCUGGAAUCCUCUGGGAAACGGUCUCUCCUACGAACAGUUCCACUUCCCCAUUUUCUCUCUGAAGGACGACAACGACACUCAGGUCAUUCGACAGUGUUUCCAGGCUCAUAAUCUCGGGGUGAAUGGCAGUGCUCCGGAGUACCCUCUGUGUGCGAUGCAGUUGUUCUCUCACAUGUCUGCGGUCACAGACACUCCGACCUGCAUCAGGAGGAACAAGAUCCAGAACGACUUCAGCAUCAGCCCCGAGAAAGUUUGUGAUCCUUUGGGAGGGGUUAACGUUUGGACUUCGACUCGACUGAUCAACAACACAGAUAAAGGACACAAGAAGUCUGAGAGCGUGGUCAUCGCCGCCGCCCGAUUGGACAGUCGUUCGUUCUUCUUCGACUUGGCGCCUGGAGCUCAGAGCAGUGCGUCUGGGGUUGUGGCUCUGUUGGCUGCAGCUCAGGCUCUGAAGAACAUGACGGAGGAGAUGUCGUCCAACACGUCCAUCAUCUACGCCCUGUUUGAAGGGGAAACGUUUGACUACAUCGGCAGCUCAAAGAUGGUGUACGACAUGGAGACACAGCAGUUUGCUGUGGACAUGGACAAUGUUCACUCUGUGCUGGAAGUGGGACAGGUGGGACUCAGAUCAUCGAAUUCUCCAAUAUGGCUCCACUCAGACCCUGUGUCUCGAAGAAACAGCAGCGUCGAUGAAGAGGUGCGGAGGCUGAUCCUAAACCUUCAGACCGCGGCUAAAAACACAAACGUCAACGUGAGUGAACCGGAUGCGUCUCAGCCUCUUCCUCCUUCAUCGUUCCAGCGUUUCCUCCGAGCGCGGCCUCUUCCCGGGAUCGUCAUCCAGGACCAUCAGUCUGUUUACACCAACAGAUAUUAUGAAAGCAUGUUCGAUAACCCAGAAAACCUGAACAUGACUUAUCCACCCGACCUGAGUCCUGACGAGCAGUUUAACUUUGUCACUGAGACGGCGAAGGCUCUGACCGACGUGGCCACGCUCGUCGCUCAGGCUCUGUUCCUUCAGGCUGGAGGUGACGCCGCUCGAGCGUCCUCCAUCACAGCGAACCCUAAAACUGUGUCUCAGUUGUUGUACGGGUUUUUGGUCAAAUCUAAAAAUCCGUGGUUUGAGCAGAUAAUCCCGUCAGACUUUGCGAGUCGCCUCGUGGACAGACCCACAAACUUCUACACUGGUGUCCAUUUGCAGAAGAGCGAAGCUUCGUUUUUGGUCGAGUACAUUUUGGCAAAUUUAACUGGGACAGUCGUAAAUGUGACUCAAGAAAACUGCAAGAACCAACGAGAGAACGAGGACGACAAGGACAACAAAUAUUUUUACAGUUACUCGUGGGUGCAGGGCGCUCUGGCUCCAAACAGCUCCGACAGACAGAGCUUCUGCGUCAGGUCUUCAGUUCGUACGUCUCCUGCCAUUUCUCCGGCCUUUGACCUGGAGCUGCUCACGUCCUCAGAUUACUCCACCUGGACGGAGUCGAGGUGGAAGAAAAUCACAGGCCGUAUUUUCCUCGUGGCCAGUCACGACCUGGAGAUGCUGACUUUGGGCGUGGGCAUCGGGAUUCUUCUUCUGUCUCUUCUUCUGACGUACAUCAUCAGCUCAAAGGCCGACAUCCUGUUCUGCUCAGGGAGAGAACCCACUAACGCCACCUACUGACCAGCUACCAGAACACCAGCUCACCCACCGCCUCCUACUACGACUACUACAACCACUACUGCAAAUACUUCAAAUACAAGAGCAGGGUAUUGACACGCGGAGGUACAGAGAUUUAACGUUUUUCAAUGGACUCACUGCUUUUGUGAGACGGGCCUGGUUUUGUGAGACUUUUCAAACUUUGGCCGAUUUUGAUCUUUAAUCUGAACUUCUCGGGCUGAAUCGUAGUUUGAAAUCCAGCGGCCCUUUCCAGAGGACGAGAUGUUCAUAUUUCAUCAUUUUCUUUGGGUUUUUUUCAGAUUUUAAAUGUUGAAGAUUGUUUGAUUUUGUUCUGGGAGAUGAUUUUGUGCGUUACUGCUUGGAUUGUGUGUGUGUGUGUGUCAUGUGUGUGUGUGGCUGGAUAUUUCUCCGCAGUGAAUAUGAUUUCUGAACAGUUAAUAAUUGUAUGAGUGGUUAAAGCUGCCCUGUGGAACUUUUUAGGGCUUUGUAUUAAGUGUCAAAACGAUUAAAGCCUCUGUACCAGAUUUUUACAGUUUGAAAAACUUAAAACUAGUUCAUUUUUUUUAAGUUCACAAAGUUAUUCCUCUCUGACCUCACACAUUCAGAACAUCCUAAUGACUCACCAUGAUGAGUUUAUCAGAGCUUUUCCAUCAGGAUAACGCCAACGACAACAGCUCAUCCUGAAAAGUUGCAUAGUGUGGCUUUAAAUGGAGAUGGUAUGUGCAAUACUGUAGUCGUCUUCUGUUUUUUUGUAGUUAAUUUAUCAGUUUUAAUAAUAAACCACUUUGACUCGACGAAGAAAACAUUUCUUUAAAAAAAAAAACAUGGGACGACAUUUGGUUCAAACGUCAAGACCAAAUGUAAAUAUCCAGUGAAAAGUACGUCACGUAAAAGUACGUCACGGUAAAAGUACGUCACGUAAAAGUACGUCACGGUAAAAGUACGCCACAGUAAAAGUACGCCACAGUAAAAGUACGCCACAGUAAAAGUACGCCACAGUAAAAGUACGCCACGGUAAAAGUACGUCACAGUAAAAAUACGUCACAGUAAAAAUACGUCACAGUAAAAGUACGUCACGGUAAAAGUACAUCACAGUAAAAGUACAUCACAGUAAAAGUACGUCACAGUAAAAGUACGUCACAGUAAAAGUACGUCACAGUAAAAGUACAUCACAGUAAAAGUACGUCACAGUAAAAGUACAUCACAGUAAAAGUACGUCACAGUAAAAGUACAUCACAGUAAAAGUACAUCACAGUUCAAAUCCUUCAAAAACUCCACCACCAAAAAAAAACACCCACAGAUUUGCGUUUCUUAAAAUUAUUUUGGUUAUUGCAGUGAGUCUGUAAAGUUUGACUUAAUGUGACGAGACUAAAAAAAUUAAAAAAUAUUCUAGAAUAAUCUUCCGCUGAACGCCGCCGUUUGAUUAAAGUACUGUAAGUAUUGAUCUAUUCUGCAAAAUGGACUUUCUCCAGUUUUAUUUUCCCCGUUUUAUUUUCUUAAUCGUUGAUACUCGUAGGAUUCUGCAGCGUCGCCAUUUUGGUGCACAUUUCUAAAACGUGCUGCUGUAGUGUGACGUGCAUCUGUCCACAGGGGGCGCUACAGCAGGCGGCGCUUUAGUGUGACGACGUUUACUGUUAUGUCAGCUCCAUUGGACACCGCAGUUUUUCUAACACAGACGUCAGCGGAGUCGUUUCCUUUCUGAAGUGUUUUUAGAUGAAUAUUAUGAUUUAAAAUGUGUAAAAUGAGAACCAUAGAGACUCAAGCUCCAUAGAUCUGCUUUAAUGGAUUUGUUUCUUCUUCUUUGCACAUGUUUGGUCCACGUUUAUCACAUGUUUUCAAUGAGUUUAAAAUGGAUGAAUUAUUGUUAUUUAGAUUUUGUAAAUAUGACGUUGACUGUGGCUGAUUUAAAAUGACCAACUAUAACUUUGUCUUUAUGGGAAAUAAAACAGUUUCUUCUUCUGUU